UGUAGUUUCUGAUGUCACUCACUGUUUGUCUUUUACGGUAUACGUAAAUACAAUUCAGUGUUAUUUUAUUAGAAAUUUAUAAUUUACUUAUAACUUUUACGUUCAAUCUGAAAACGCGUAAUUAUUUGGCUUUGAUGUAAUAUUUAUUAAUUAAUUGUCACAUUUAUUAACCUAUUUGUAUUUUACUAAGUCAUUUUAUCAAUCAUAGUUGUGCAACGUAAAAAUGAGUGAACCUGCGAAACAGUUCGACCUAAACUCUGAACCCAGUUUAUCGAACGCAGCGAUUGCGCCUAAUGGAGUAGGCAUUCCAUCAUUUAGGAACCCCGUACCACCACCUUCUGUGAGCCAAAAUGUGGGACCACCCGUCUUACCACCUAGACCUGACAUGGCGUUGCAACCUAGUUACGGAAUGACUCCAAGUUAUGGGAUGAAUUCCUUUGGUGGCAUGGGUGGUUCAUAUGGCUUGGGAGGUUCUUAUGGUAUGGGAGGAUAUGGAGGAAGCUACGGAUAUGGUGGUUAUGGAGGAGGUUAUGGAAUGGGAGGGAUGGGGUCCAUUGGAGGCAUGGGAUAUGGUGGAUACAACAGAUAUGGUGGCAUGUAUGGAGAUAUGGAAAACAGAUUCAUCCAAAUGGCAGAAGAGAAUUCAAGGCCGGCAUUUGAUUCCAUACAAAGCUUUGUAAACGCUGUAGGCAGUGUUGCAAUGAUGUUGGAAAACACGUUUUUCGCACUAACAAGCUCCUUCAGGGCAAUAUUGGGUGUUGCAGAAAACUUUGGCAGACUGAGGUCGUUAUUUGCCCAAUUCUGGUCCACAUUCGCAGUAGUACGGUCCCUGAAUUGGCUAGUCAGGAAACUUAUGGUCAUCUUAGGAAUUAGGACAGAAAAUGAAUUUAAGGCAUGGGCACAAGCGGUGGCUGCGACCCAGUCUGGAGUCGCCAGCCCUGAACAGCGCGCGCGCGGCUCCAGCUGGCCGAUCCUGAUGUUCUUCGGUGUUGUUGCCGCAGCACCUUAUAUUGUACUCAAAAUGAUGAGCGGACUCUCCAACAGCAUUAACGAAAGACUAAACGAUCCAACGACCUGGCAGAACCCACUGCGCGCUGUCGCUCAGCACGACUUCCAAGCCACCUCCCCCCAGGAGAUCAACUUCACAGCAAACCAGGUUCUAAACCUCGCUCCCCAGCACCUCCAAGGUCACCUUUGGAAUUCCGGCUGGUUAAUGGCAUCAACAGACAAACAGCACGCUGGUAUGGUACCCGUGAACUAUAUCAAGGUCAUAAAACCAACGAACCCUAACGAAGAUAAUCAAAAUGUCACGACAAAUGAAUCAAAAGAGAAAACAGUGGAACCAACUUUCAAUGAAUUAGACAAAUUUUAUGGAAAUGAAUUAUAAAAAUAGUUUUUUUAAAUUAAUUAUUAUAAUUAAGAUGAAGUUACGGUUAUAUUAAUUGUAGGGACUGUAUAAAAUUAGUCAAACUUUAUUUUAGACUGGUGGUAUCUGAUAUACGGGAAUAAAUAAGCUAGCUUAGUUUUGACAUUUUUAUAUAUGCUUAAUAAUAUACUGCAUUAACUCAAAAAUUACGUUUGCAUUGAAAAAUCUUCUCCAGCGACUUUACUUUAACGUCCAUUUCUUAAAUUUGAAAUUUUUGAGUCAUUUCGUGUCGAUAUCUUAUUAUUUUUUAAUUCUUCACUGAUAGAGAAAUUUAAAAAAUCUGGUCAAUUUAUUUAUAUAAUUUUAAUCCACACAAUACAAAAGGUAAUAAAUACAUUCGACGAACUUAAAAUCAUACAACAUUUUGCUAGUUUCUGCUACCCAACUAUAAUGUAUGCAGAUAAUACGUCGCGACCUUAUUAAUAAACUACAUUAAUUAAUUAGACGAGAAAACGACUUUAAUGAUGUAACUAUAAAGUCGAAAUCCCAAAA